AUGGUCUUCACGCCGCCCUCAUACAUUCCUCAAUUGCCAGACCUCGACCUUCAGAGACAAGCUAACUCGGCGAGGGCAGAAUGUCCGGACUCCAUCACCAUUGAAGAAUUCCUACGUGAUGAAAAGUACGGCAGACGCCCGCUGGCCAAGUCCAAGAACCCGUACACAUGCGGCCUCACGGGCAAAACCUACACCGCCGCUGAAGUAGCUGAGCGGACAGACCUGCUGGCGCGCGCAAUUGGCAAGCGAUUGGGCUUCAACCCUCACGAAGAUACCGAGUGGGAGAGAGUUGUCGCGGUAUACUCAGGUAACGCGAUCGACUAUCUUCCCCUUACGCACGCCAUCCAUCGUCUCUCCGGCAUCGUCACGCCAGCCAGCGCCGCAUACUCGACGCAAGAGCUCGAGCAUCAGCUCCGUACCUCGGGAUCCAAGGCCGUCUUCACCUGUGCUCCUCUGCUUGACAAUGCACUCCAAGCUGCCGACGCCGUGGGUAUACCCCGAGAUCGCAUCUUCAUAGUGCCUAUUUCGGGUGCCGACAAUCCCGCGUCAUAUGUGACCAUCGACGACUUGGUCGCUGAGGGCAAGAAACUGCCGCCGCUGAAGCCUCUCCAAUGGGUCAAGGGGCAGGGAGCCAGGCAAGCUGCCUAUCUGUGCUAUUCUAGUGGCACUUCUGGCAUGCCGGCUGAGAAGGAAUCCAUCUUGAAAUUGCUUUCUGUGUUUGAGGCUAAUAAAAGUCCCCUCGUCAAGAAAGCCGUCAUGGUCUCCCAUGCCAACGUAAUCGCCAAUGUCCUCCAGGUUGUCGUCUUUGAGAACGUUCCUCGCAACCAGAUCAACAUUGAAACGCAGAAUUACCUUGCGGUAUUACCGUUUUCUCACAUAUACGCACUUGUUCUAGUCUGCACCGUCGGACAGUAUCGCGGCGACCAAGGCAUUGUGCUGCCAAAGUACAACUUUGACGAUCUACUGGGUGCCACUCAGCGCUUCAGCAUUCAGCAAAUAUUCGUCGUCCCGCCGAUGCUCAUCCACAUCAUCGGCAACCCCGACAAGGUCGCCAAAUACGAUCUCAGCAGCGUGCGCUUCGUCUACUGCGGCGCGGCCCCGUUGGGCCCCGAAAUUGUCGACUCACUGCUGAAGAUGUUCCCGAAAUGGCGUGUUGGUCAAGGCUAUGGCAUGACAGAAUGCUCACCCACCGUCUGCACGACAAACGAACUGGACGUGCUUUCGGGUUCAUCUGGCUCCCUGUUACCUGGAAAGCGGGCCAAACUCAUUGAUCUUGAGGGAAAGGAGGUUACCAAGUACGAUACGCCAGGAGAGCUGUUGAUUCAAUCUCCAGCCGUCGUUCUGGGAUACCUGAACAACGAAAAAGCCAAUGCCGAGACAUUUGUCCACCACGAAGAUGGCCGCUGGCUGCGAACAGGCGACGAGGUUAUUGUGCGAAAGUCGGCACAGGGCCACGAGCACAUCAUUGUCGUCGACCGCAUCAAGGAGCUAAUCAAGACAAAGGGUCAUCAAGUUGCUCCAGCAGAAUUGGAAGCCCACCUCCUUACCCACCCCUACGUCUCCGACUGUGCCAUCAUCCCCGUUCCGGACACUUAUGCCGGCGAGGUGCCCAAGGCCUACGUCGUCAAAUCCGACGCCGAAUGCACUGGCAAGUCCGACAAGGCCAUCGAUGCUGCCAUCCAACAGCAUGUAAAGGAGCACAAGGCCAAACACAAGUGGCUCGUUGGCGGCAUCGAGUUCAUCGAUGCCAUUCCCAAGAGCCCCAGCGGUAAAAUUCUACGACGUCUGUUGCGAGACAAGGAGAAGAAGGCAAGGCAGGCCAAUGGGGCGAAACUUUGA